AUGAGAGUGAAAGUGAAAUGUCUCUCCUUCACCUCCUUCGUGGAAGCCUCCUUCGCUUCCUUCGUGGAAGUCUCUCCUUCGCUUCCUUCGUGGAAGUCUCUCCUCCGCUUCCUUCGUGGAAGUCUCUCCUCCGCUUCCUUCGUGGAAGUCUCUCCUUCGCUUCCUUCGUGGAAGCCUCCUUCGCUUCCUUCGUGGAAGUCUCUCCUUCGCUUCCUUCGUGGAAGUCUCCUUCGCUUCCUUCGUGGAAGUCUCUCCGUCGCUUCCUUCGUGGAAGUCUCUCCUUCGCUUCCUUCGUGGAAGUCUCCUUUGCUUCCUUCGUUGAAGUCUCUCCUUCGCUUCCUUCGUGGAAAGUCUCCUUCGCUUCCUUCGUGGAAGUCUCCUUCACUUCCUAGCUGGAAGUCUUUCAUUUCCUUGAAAAUGCUUGAUGAAGGUCUAUCGUUUUAUAAUAGAAAUGAUUAUGAUUUCCUUCUUAUUAGACAUAACUGCUGUGCUAAAGCAGAAUAUUCCGUUUAUGUGGAAGGUGCAAUCCAAGAAAAGGAAGGAACUUGGGGUAGAAUAUUUGAUGGUCUGCAAGGAACAAUCAAGUUUAAAGAAUCGUUGCAGUACGAUUUAAUCAAUAAAGUUCAAUAUAUCGAUUUUAACGUACCCGGUGAAGAGCCAAACCCUACUGAAGAGAAGAACGUACCCAAUGAAAUGCCAAAUCCUACCAAUGAACAGGUAGAACAGGAAGUACCCGAUAAUGAAAUAGAACUGAACGUACCCAGUGAAGAGCAUAACCCUACCGAAGAUCAGGUAGAACCGGAUGUACUCACCGAAGACGAAAAUCAUGAGCAGCAGAAACUUGAAAAAAUUCUUGAAAAAUCUGAAGAGGAUAUACGAACUAAGUACCUGCUAAAUAGAAUCAAAAAUUUAAAAGAUUCUUUCGAGAAUGAGAAAGUCCAUUCUCUCCAAUUAGAAAAUAAAUUCAACGCUCUUAAACGAAAAACAGAACAACUUGAAUUAGAACUUCUAAUAAUCAGAAAUGGAGACCCAAGAAAAAAUAAUGGAACAUGA